UUCAGUGCACAUCCUGUGAGACCCACACUGUAGCAGUCUGUUUCUAAUUUCAGCCUCAAAUUAAACAAGUUACAAUUCAGCUCUUGAGACACUGCUAUUUCAUCACUUCUGAUGCUGAAGAAUCAAGAGGCAUCAUGAAUUCAAACCCAGAGUCAGACUAUGACUAUGAUUACUUCACUCCCACCCCGAGUACGACUCCAGCAACUUGCACGGAUGCAUUGUGUGUUUUCUUAGCAAUAGCCACUGCGGUCAUCUUCUUCCUGGGUGUCGCCGGAAAUGGUUUGGUGAUCUGGAUGGCAGGGUUUAAGAUGAAGAAGUCAGUCAACACCACCUGGUACCUGAGUCUGGCCGUAUCUGACUUCCUGUUCUGCUCCUUCCUGCCCAUCAGUGUGGCUCAUUUGGUCAAAAACGACUGGGUCUUUGGACUCUUCAUGUGCAAAUUCACUUCCUUCAUCCUGUUCCUCAACAUGUUCAGCAGCGUCUUCCUCCUCGUCAUCAUCAGUGUGGACCGCUGUGUGGUCGUUAUGUUUCCUGUGUGGGCUCAGAACAAGCGCACCAUAAGAAAGGCCGCUGCGGUGGUCAUGCUAGCCUGGAUCAUCGCAGCAGCGUUUAGUUCACCAUCAGCUGUUUUCCGAAACAUUGAUAUACAUUAUGAUAUACACAAGGAGAGAAAUGUCUGUUACAACAACUACACAUCUGACCAGCAGCAUGCUGCUGUGGUGUCCUGCCGCUUCGUUUUUGGAUUUCUGAUCCCGUACUUGAUCAUUAUCUUCUGUUACAUUGUCAUCAUACAAAAGCUGAAAGGCAACCAGACGGCAAAGUUCAAAAAGCCAUUCAAGAUCAUGACGGCGCUGGUUGGUGCUUUCUUCAUCUGCUGGCUGCCUUUUCACACUUUUGCUUUGAUGGAACUAAACCACCACAAAUACGAGAGUAUUCUCCAUACUGGAAUGGUAAUCGGUGCCACUUUUGCCAGUGCUAACAGCUGUCUGAACCCGUUUCUUUAUGUGUUCAUGGGGAAAGACAUUAAGAAGAAAUGUGCACUUGUGACAAAGAUUGAAAAUGCAUUUGAAGAGGAGGAUGACCCAACCAUACAUUAAGAAACACCUUUUACCACUUUUGAAGAAGGCGAAGUAUGAUCUACUACUAACUACUCUUGCUAACACUUCAUAUGAAUCCUGUAUUCAUAAAUUAGUUUCAGCAUUUUAAGCAUAACGCUGUAAAAUCUCUGUACAUUGCUAGAGUUACAUAAGCAGCACCUUCUAAACCAAUGUUUAUACUUUUAUUACAUGUAAUGCUUAUAACUCAUUAUCUGUGUAGACCAAUGUUGUAACCCACUAUAACAGUUCUGUUAUAUGCAUACAUGAAAAAUACCAAUAUCAGUAUCAUAAAACAUCACUAUCAGAACAGAACCUUGUGAAAAGAGUGCCUUGCUGUGUAUUUUUUCUUAAUUUGAGUUUGUUUGGUUGAGUUUACCAAGUGAGAUCUUCCUAAAAGAAAGAACAAAAACAUGGACAGGUGACCCCUGUGGGAGAUAUAACUCUGCGACCAAUUGUGGGAAGAAGGAAAAUUUAAAAAGGCAACAAGCUGUAUCUGCAUUGGAAAAAUGCCACAGCAAACCCAAGCACGGGAAAAGAACUUUCACACUGGAAAAGUACAGUUCCAAAGCAGGAUGAAGCCGUGUAGUAGCUCGGGGUAAGAUAGAGAAUAACAGACGAACGCAGAUCAGAGAUCAGCGUAGUAAACAAACGAUACGAGGAUCGAAAGACAAAGAGUGACACAAAAUCGUGAUCCCAGUCCGAGCGAAGGUCAAAUAGGCAAGUAUCCAAAAAGGGCUAGGCACAAAACGAAAGUCAGCAGAACAACACUAAAGUCCAAACACGAGAAACAAACGACACAAUCCAAAACGCUCAGUGGAGUUCGGCGGAACAAUACUUCGCAUCGUAGUAGUGCUAAGUCAGGGCUUAAAUAGCCCAACCUUAGGAUCUCAUAAUUAAAUUCAGGUGGACGUCCUUAGUAAUCAGGAGACUUGGAUCUCUGCCAGGAGCGGAGUGUGGCGUAUGAAGUCACGUGAGACUCCAAAGGCCUCUGGGAAUUGGAGUCCCUGUCUUGCGAGGCUGAAUCCGAGCGCGUGACAUCGUGGCAAGAAACAUACUGCCAAAGAAUUGAGCAAAGAGAAGAAAGAGGGGAACUGCUUCAGCUCAUUGUUUAACUACAAAAUGGCACUGAUUGUCAACCUGUUAGCUGAAACACAGAAAUGAGUGUUAAAGGGAAAGUUCAUCAAAUAAACCUCUGAAAGAAAGCAAAGUUUGUGCUGCUUGGGGAUGUCGGAUGAAUAUUCAGUAUUCAGGAGUGGAUACAAGCGUCCUUGUUGCAGUUAGAACAUAGGUCCUCAACUUAGGGCAGGAGUUGAGGAAAUAACCCAGAGAUCUUACCAGUAACCACCUAGGAUACUACCAAAAUUAACUAGUUACACCCUUGCAACCAAUCAUUAUAACAAAAUGAUCAAACAAUCAAUGAAAAUAAGCACUUUUGCAGUGAAUAACCAAAAACAGCACUGCACAAACACAACAAACAACUGACUUCAACCAUUUAAUACACCAUAAACCCAAAGAAGUUAAAAACAGCUGGGUUUUUCAAUCCAAAUUACAGUUCAUUAGUUAGUUUUUUUUUUACCCCUUGUUUUUAAUUUUACUUGAACUGGAGCACUGUGUUUAAUUCUUUGGGGUUUUUAAUGCUGGCUUUAUGAAUGGUUACCUUUUUCAUCACAUCUCAGUACUAGAGCUCAGUUCUGUUUGCCGUUGAGAUAAGGUAAAGCUACUGGAUCUCCAGCCCAGUUCUUGAGUGUGCAUCAGAACCGUCUUGUGACAGUAUAAAAAAGAACAUUUUAUUCCAUAGUUGGACUCGGUCAACACCACGAUUUGUCAAGACUGAUGGCCCUGACCGAGACAAAUACAAAUACAGCCGAGUCCAAGACAAGUCCAACACACAUAAAAAACAUCUUGAGUCCAGACUUGAGACCAGACCUGUGUACUACAGUCCUACUUUCUGGCAGCUGAUUUGCCUGCUAGUUUCUGUAAUUUGUCUUGAUCCUAUUCUGUUGAUAGCAUAUUCAUCACAGUGCAACAUUGCAUAAAACUGCAGUUAAAUUGCAUGUUAAACAGAAAUCCUAACCAAAGAAUUUAAUUUCUGUACUUCCACAAUACAAACAGUUGUUCUUUCAAAAGCAAACAGACAAAAAAAAAAUCUUACAGGCUUCUCCAAUAAAAGUCACAGUUAGGCUUUAAGCUAAAGUAUUUACUACAGGAUUCACUAAAAACAACAUACAAAGGAAGAAUAUAUUGCAUUCGUGCCUUACAAGCUCCAGAAGUCAGUGCUGAUGCUCAACAUAACACAUGGAAAUAAAUAGUCUACAAACUCACUUCAAUAUUAUAUUAUGUUGUUACAGGUUUCUGCCAAGCUAGCAUACUAUUAGGUAAUCAGGUAGUGCAUGAGUGCCAGUGUUGUUUCUCCUGAAUAGUAAUUAUUCUUUAAAGUCCCCUUGACUGCACAAUCAAUCAAAGAGAUGCCUCACAGAAAUGUAUGGUAAGUGUCCUACCUCCAUACUUUUGAAUCUCUCCCUGAAGGAGUCACGUAGUCAUGUGCCAAAACAAAGCUUCAGAUGUCAGUGGUCAUGUGAUCAUUAAAGAACAAAUCAAGCAUCGGCACGGUGGCUCAAAGCAACCGGUGUCGUUUUUGUGAUACACACCCUGAGGCUUCAGGUUCAAGGGUGAUAUCACUAGUGUAUGAACCUGCUUUGUUUUUCUUCGACCUUACCUCUUUGGCUAUGUUCAGAUUACAAGCCGCAUUGCUCAAAUCCAAUUUUUCCCUCAAACCCAAUCUCUGACACCAUGGUUCACACUUUGUCUAGAUUGCUGUUCACGCUCAGAGCAAGCUCCUGGGACAACACCACCAGCUUUUCUCUGAUUUCACUCAGCCGAUUGAACUCCAAGCGAUGAGCAAUUACCUUAGCAGCUGGUAGUAGUUGGAAUGCUUUUUGUCAUGGAUUAAAUUCUGACACGUUAACUGAACUAGCAUGUAGAGAUGAUGAACUGACCGUACAUCAACUAAUAGCUGUCAAUCAGUAUGGAUCAACUUCUACAAAAAGAUUCAACAUGAAAAAUAGUUCCACCACAUAGUCUACCAUACAUAGUCUCCAGCUCCACUUUGUACACAUCUCCUCAACCUAUGUAAUGUGAAUCCUUAAUGCUAUCAAAAGAGGAGGACUUUGAUGUCUCCAUGGGGGCUUGUGUCUCUAUGGAUCAUGUGUUACAUGACUGUCAGGUAUGCACACACAAGCAUAAGGCACCAACCCAGGAAAGCAUGUGGAAGCUACUUCACUUGUGCUAAUGGGGUGAGUGUUCCUGCUAAGGGUUUGGUUCAAAAUCUUUUAUGUUGCCUGUAACCAUUUACUACCAGAAUUCUUCUGUUUUACCAGCCUUGAUCAACUGUAGAGCUAAAGAGAACUUUAUCUAUGCCCAGGUGGUAUCCCAACUUGAGAUCCCCGUUGAACUUCUUCCAACCCCAUGUUGAGUGUCUGUGCUGGAUGGGUUGGCCUGGAACCAAGUCACUUACCCUUGUCAACCUGCGAACUAGCUCCUUGCACAUUAAGAAAACCACCUUUUUAGUUUUUAAAUCAUCUGAGUUGUCCAUUGUGCUAGGUCUUUCCUGGGUAGAUAAACAUAAUCCACAAAUUUCCUGGUCCAAGAAAGAAAUCACUUCUACAGAGAGUCCAGAUAUAGCAUGUGAUAUUCAGAUUCCAGAUGUAUACUCAGACAUGUCAGAACGUUUUACCAAGGGUAUAGGCUGAGAUAGGCCAGAAGUCUUUUGUCUGUUUGGCUACAGGACCUACUCUUUACCAGUGUAUUUUGGGUUACCCUUUGGUCCCCUGGACUGCCAUAGCAUCUGAUGUGCCAAUCAUAGAUGACUGGAUUAGGCGGUGCGAGGAGGUCUGGGAGGAAACUCACUGCAGAAUAGAAAAUGCUUUAUAGCAGGGUAAAGAACAAGCAGAUCACCACUUUGGUGAGGCUCCCUCCUUCCAAGCUAGAGAUAGGAUGUGGUAAUCAACUCGGAUCUCAGUUUUAGGGAGGGUUGCAAGAAACCGCAUCCCAAGUAUAUUGGUCCAUUCCAGAUUGUAAAACAGAUUAAUGAUGUUACUUACCUGCUCAGUAUCACAUCUCACCCCUUUUCCGUUAUCCCUCCUCAAGCUUGUAGUUCCUGUGGUUCCCACUGUCUCUGCCUCACAACAUCCGGACUCCAUUAGCCAGAACCCCACUCCUGGUCACAUGACCACAAACAUCCCUCACCUGACUACUGAUCAUUUGCACCUGUUCCUUGUUAUGUUUACCUUUUAGUUUAGUAUAUAAGCCCAGGCUUUAUCGCAGCUCAUUGCAAUGUAUUGCCUUUGUUAUCAGAGCCUUACCAAGCCUUCCAUUUUGUCUAUUUGCCACUUUGUGUACAAACCCUGCUUUGUUUUAAUUUGACCUCGUCUCUUUGCCAUACCCUCUCAGUAUUGUUGUGAUUUCUGUUUUUGCUGGUUGCUGUGGUUACUGUUUUGCUGUAUUGGUUUUGACCUUGGAAUGGCUGACUUUGAUUCUGGAUACUCCCUUUGUUAAUAAACCUUUUUACGUAA